AUGACGAAUUACAAGUGCAUGGCUGUGUUUCAAGUGGAGUCUGAAGGUUGGCAUGAUCUGGACAACACUGAAUAUGACUGCUGGCCCAUAACAGAGCCAAACGAUUACAACAUGAUCAGCUGUGGUGGUUUAGAAAUGGCUUGGGUUCAGCGUCCACCUGAAAAGGUCACUGAUGGGGAGGAGUUUAAUGUUACCUAUUCUGUUGCUGCUUCCGAUUCCUUUUAUGAAUACGCCAUUAAAAACAAGAUUUUCCAGUUCAGUAAUGCCUCAGAGGCUAAAAGAUUCUGCCUCGAGCACGAGUGUCCCGCUAACUGGAACAAUGCCAAUGAGCACAACUGCUGCGUGUACCACGCCAACAUUCACUCCUGUCCCCUUGCACUCAUGGUUAGUGGAGGGAUCUGUGGUCCUUGGAUUCCAGAUGAUGGUGAAAUUGUAACCCACACUGUCUCUAAAGCGGGCAAGAUGAGCCAACUGCUCUGGACUUCAAAGGUGGUCCUGGUCCAUUUAGGAGUUACAUCUGUUAUUGCUCAUAUUAAAGUGGGACAGAUGCAUGCAGCAUUAGAGUCAAAGGUGCUGGUAGUCAGCACUCAAGUGUGUGGAGAUGGUAUGUGCGAGUUGGAGGAGAGCUGUCUGACGUGUCCUGCUGAUUGUGGGGUCUGUCCUAUGGCCACAUCCAUCAAAGUGGCCAUUGGUCUUCCUGUGGCCUUGUUCUGCAGUGGCUUCAUCUUAACACUGGUGUGGCUGCAAUACCAAAAGCAAAAAAUGUUCUGGGAUGAGAGCUGGAUCCUCAACUACAAUAACAUCUUGUUUGGUAAAGUGUGCUAUACAGGUUUUUGUAGCACCACAAGCCUUCAGACAGUAAAAAGGAACUCCGGUGUAAGUAGAAUCACAGGUGUAACCGAAUACACUGCAGUAAAUACCAACUUCAAACCACGCUUCAUUCAGGCUGGCAUCUAUGACGGAAGGACUGUAGCUGUGAAACACAUACAGAAGAAACAUUUCACUCUUACCAAAACAAUCAGAAAAGAGGUGAAAGAGGUCAGGGAGCUAGACCACCCAAAUAUAUCCAAGUUUAUUGGAGGCUGCAUUGAAGUCCCCUUCUUGAGCAUCAUCACUGAGUACUGUCCAAAGGGAAGCCUGGCAGAUGUGUUGUUAAAUGAGGAUGUCCCCAUCAACUGGGGUUUUCGAUUAUCUUUUGCUACUGACAUUGCCCGUGGGAUGGCUUACCUGCACCAGCACAAAACAUUCCAUGGCCGUCUUCACUCACGUAAUUGUGUAAUUGAUGACCGAUGGGUCUGCAAAAUAUCAGAUUAUGGGCUAAUGGCAUACAGAAAGGAGGACUUUGAAGAUUUCCAAUGUCAAAAUGACAAUCGCAUUUACAGAGCCCCUGAAGUUCUGCUGAGAAUCAGCACUAGUUGCACAGCCGCAUCUGAUGUGUACAGCUACUCUAUUAUCUUGGUGGAAAUCGCCACUCGCAGUGAUCUAAAUUCGGCCAACUCAGACAAGGUUGAUGUCACAUGGCGUCCAUCUCUUCCCAAACUCAAGGCUGGGAAAUCAGACGAUGAUUGCCCAGAUCUAGACGAUUACUGUGAGCUGAUAAAGAGAUGCUGGUCACACAAUCUCACCAUGAGGCCAACGUUUGAGCAGGUGAAGAAGAUUCUUGAUAAAAUGAACCCACACAAAGUCAGCCCGGUGGAUAUGAUGAUGAACCUGAUGGAAAAGUACAGUAAACAUUUGGAAACCAUUGUAGCUGACAGAACUCAAGAUCUACUGCAGGAGAAGCAGAAGACUGACCGUUUACUCUACAGCAUGUUACCGAAACCAGUAGCGGAUGAUCUUCGUCAGGGAUGCACAGCAGAGGCCCAGAGUUACUCCAAUGCCACAGUAUAUUUCAGUGACAUAGUGGGAUUCACCCAGCUCUCUGGGUCCAGCACCCCUCACCAAGUUGUGGAUUUCCUCAACAAACUUUACACCACAUUUGAUGACAUCAUCGACAACUAUGAUGUUUAUAAAGUGGAAACUAUUGGAGAUGCUUAUAUGGUUGUCUCAGGAGUACCAAAAGAGAACGGGAUCAACCAUGCUGGGGAAAUUGCCAGUAUGGCGCUGGAUUUGAUCAGUGUUUGCCAUGCCUUUAAAAUCCCACACAAGCCCACCACACAGCUGAAGAUACGAGCUGGCAUUCACUCAGGCCCUGUAGUGGCUGGUGUGGUCGGCACAAAAAUGCCACGAUACUGCUUAUUUGGUGACACUGUGAACACAGCCUCUCGUAUGGAGUCCACCAGUGAAGCUUUAAAGAUCCAGUGCAGUGGAUCUACAGCAGCCCUGCUGCACACACUUGGAGGAUAUGUCCUGACAUGCCGUGGGUCUCUCAAUGUGAAGGGUAAAGGAGAAAUGACAACUUGGUGGCUGGAGGCGAAAAGGAGCCCCAGCACAGACCCUCUGUUUCAGGAAGAUGAGCUUCUGGGUCUUCCUAUCCCUGUUAGCAAUUAACUUCGUGGUCAAAAACAAGCAAAGUUUUGACUCAAAAUGUCACAAUAAAUAGACAUAUUUUAAUACCGUCAUUUAGCAUUUAUGGUUACUGACAUUGUUCAAAUGUAUAACUGAUGUAUGUGUAAAUGUUAGUAUUCGAUUUUUAUAUUGCUGCUCUCAUUGUUACAGUCAUUUUGUGUAGACAAACAUGUUGUUAGAAUCUGCUGUAAGCUGUCUUACAUGUCAUGGUUUUAGUCAUGUGUACGUGUUUGUAGAGAC